UUUGGCGCCUCCGCAAAUAUCAAAACCCUUCGUCUCUAACCUUUUUCCUUCUUCUCCAAAACCUCUCUCUCUCUCUCUCUCUCUCUCACUUCACCGCCUGCAAAUCCAUGGCUUUUUCGUUCGGAGCCAAAUCUCGAAAAUCCGCCUCAUCCUUGCCGUCGCGAGGCUACAUUUCUUCUCCGUCGGCUUUCGCUUCGUCGAGUACGGCUUUCAUGUCUCGACCGUCGUCUACGGCGCCUGUCGCAAUGUAUAGAAAAUCUCCUUCUUCGUCUUUGUCUCCGUCGUCGUCGGCGGUAUCGUCUGUGAGAUUUCAGAUUGAUCAGAGAUCGGCAUCUCCUAGCCGUUCGAUUUCGGUUCAGAAGAAUCGCGACAGGAAUGCGAAUGCGGUGCCGUCGAACAAGAAGAAAACGUGCAUGUGUUCUCCGACGAAACAUCCAGGCUCGUUCAGGUGUUCUCUCCACAAGAAUUCGAGGCAAUCUGUAAAUGUCACGAAUCGCAGCCAAUUCCAGAACCGAUCGUUGAAUAUCCGGAGAUCCGCAAUGACGAAUUCGCUAGUGAGAAUUGGAUGCGUAGAAGGUGCUGACCUCGUGAAAAGAGUUUUAUCGGCUUUGAUUAGGCCUUCUUCACAUCAGCAGCGGCGGCGAUCAGCUUUUCAGCCUAGACCUAGCCGUCUAUCAGUCAUGUCAAGAGCAGAGGAGGAGGAUCAGGAGGACCAGCGGCACAUUUUCCAACCAUAAUCAUUCACUGCGAACUGCUUUUUUUGUCCAUAGCGACGAUGAGCGGCUCACCAAAAGAAGGUCACUAUUUAAAACUCACCAUUACGAAUUCUGCUUCCAUUCUGUGAUUCACAAACUUACAAAAGAGUCAGUUAUCAUGCACAAACACAUCCAUAGACGAAUUUGAGAAAUUUACAGUGACUGAAUAUUGGUGUUCCUCCUUCAUUCGAGAAGUGUUGCAACUCGAACUGCUGCUUGGAUAUGAUGAUUAGAAUUUGGGAUGAAUUUUAAUUGUGUUUUGAAUUUAGAGUAAGUAAAUUUGUGAUUUGGAGUGUAUAGUUGUGAAGAUGGAGAUAUCAAUAGAGCUAUUAAAGUCUUUGAGUUAUUUGAAA